CCGCGGUGCCGCGGUGAAAAAACGAAACUCGGGUCGACAUCGAUCUACUCGUGUGGCGUUCGGACUAUAUUCUUUUUUACGAACGAAAUAUUGAAAUAAACGCGUUUAACCGUAAUGUAUUUGGUGCUAGUGGAUUAAAAUAUACUUAAAAACAUUCUGUGCGUGUAAUUCUAAAUAAUGUUACGUCAUUCCCGUGCUUAGUGUUAGUUACUUAGCUUCUAUUAGUGAGAAGUGAUUUUGUGAAGUGACUGCGAAAGAUUCGACAUUAUCGCCUCUCGGAGCCAACUGCCGAGUUGUGCAUGAUUCCAGCAAAACGUCACUAAUAAGUACCAGGACGACAUAUUAAAAAGAAGAAAUGGCCGAUACAGACACAGAGACGCUGCCCAACGGCACCGGCCCGCUGUCCACCGAGGAGGAAGAUGAGAGGCUCAAGCAAAGACCCGCUGAUAUUGAUGCUGAUGUCCGCGAGAUGGAGCGCCGCAAGCGCGUGGAAGCUCUCAUGUCCUCAAAACUGUUCCGCGAGGAGUUGGAACGGGUGCUAGACCAGCAGAUCCACGAAGGCAAUGAUGCACCGCUCCUGCAGCGCAUAAGGGAGAUGGUUGGAGGACGGCUGCAUACCGGAAGUCUUAGGGGUCCAACGUGCGUUCUGCCCAUCAACGAUAUUCGAGGGAUCGAAGGAGUGGGUUACGAAAAGGGGGAGAAGAUACUGCGGUGCAAGCUGGCAGCCGUGUACCGUCUUGUGGAUCUAUUCGGAUGGACCCAGACCGGCAUUAGUGGUCAGAUCACUGCGCGCCUCAACACCGCGGUGGAGCAGGUGCUGACGACGCCGCGGGGGCUGCUCCCGCACGAGGUCACCGCGUCCUCCCUUGUCAAGGUGGACAUGCAGGGCGUUGUGCAAGACCAGGGCACCACCAACUUCCCCGUGAAUGUUGAAGGCUUCUCCCUCCACGCGUCAGUUCAUGCUGCGAGGCCAGACGUCCGCUGCGUGCUCCACGUGCGUUCACCAUCAGCUCUGGCCGUCUCCAGCAUGAAGCGAGGACUUCUCCCGCUGUGCAACGAGGCGGCGCUGCUCGGAGAGAUUGCCUACCAUCGAGUUCCGUACGGUACUCUAGACAACGAAGAGCGCGACAAGCUGGUGCGAGCUCUCGGACCCUCAGCCAAGGUGCUGGUCCUCAGCAGCGGUGGUGCUCUGUGCUGCGGCGCGACCCUCGAGGAAGCGUUCCACCAGGCGAGGAACCUGACGGCCGCCUGCGAUGUGCAGCUGCGUCUCGCAUCCCUGCCGCUCGACGAGUUGACGCUCCUCGACGAUGAGACCAGGCGACAGAUCUACGAGGCGUCUCGCAAGCCUCCCUCUGAUGCUAACAAGUGGCGGGUAGGUGGGGAAGAGUUCGAGGCUCUGAUGCGUAUGCUGGACAACGCUGGCUUCCGCACAGGAUACAUCUACAGGAAUCCACUAAUCAAGAACGACGUUCCGAAACCCAAGAAUGACGUAGAAGUGCCCCCGGCGGUUUCCUCACUGGGGUACCUUUUGGAGGAAGAAGAGCUUUACAAGCAGGGAUUAUGGAAGAAAGGACAAGGCAAAACUGGCGAGCGCACCCGCUGGCUGAACUCCCCGAAUGUCUACCAGAAGGUCGAAGUCCUGGAAACUGGCACCAACGACCCCAAGAAAAUCACCAAGUGGGUGGACGCUAACAACGAUGAGUGGGUACAAGAUGGAUCGCCGGCGCAUUCCAGCACACCCCUCAAGAUUGACACACUGCAAUUUGUACCUAAAAACACGAAUCCAAAAGAGUUCAAACAGCUUCAGCAACAGAUCAAAGACAAUCGCCGCGCGGAUAAGAUAAGCGCUGGACCACAGUCUCACAUCUUGGAGGGAGUCACGUGGGAUGAAGCCGCUAAGCUGGUCGGAGAGGAUGCUGUUAAUACCCACACCGGAGAUCAUGUCGUGCUGAUGGGUGCGGCGUCGAAGGGCAUCAUCCAGCGCGGUUACCAGCACAACGCUACCGUAUACAGCGCGCCGUAUGCUAGAAAUCCGUUCGACCAAGUCACCGACCGCGAAAUCGACGAGUACAGACGCGUCGUGGAGAGGAAACAGCGCGGGAACGAAUAUGACACAGACCUGUCUGAGUCGGAGCCGAUCAGCGCGGCGAUGGUGACCUCCCCCGCCACAGACACAGAGGAGGAGUCCAGGGACGAACACCGCGUAUUAAGAAUAGAAACCAAGCAAGUUCCUAUUCGAAGCCAGCCGGAAGUUGUGCUGAGCGACGCGGAUACAACAGAUUUCCUGAAUGCGGAACGAGUGCACGCCGACCAGAGCCGAGCACGUCGGGACCCGAACCUCCUCUCUGACGAUGAGGUCUUCGCGGAUCCCCCACCGGCCGCUCCGCCCCGCAGGGCACAUGGCGUUGCGGUCAGGGCCCAGUUACCCGUACAGCAAAGAGUCGUUAGAGGAGAGCACACAGUGAACGGGGAUCAUUCGGAUGCACACCAGAGCACAUUCUCCCAUAGCAGUAAAGAGGGCUCCCCCUCAAAGGAAGUGUCUACAGAGGACUCGCCUAAAAAGGAUAAGAAGAAGAAGAAGGGACUCCGGACGCCCUCCUUCCUCAAGAAGAAGAAAGAGAAAAAGAAGGACAAGUCCAGCACGCCACAACCCGCCUAGAGAUAUACCCACAAUCCACACUGCCAUCUCGCUUUGGAAUACUUGUAAUUUAAAUGUAAGGGACUCUUCAGAAACGCCUGUCUUACGAAAGCUUCAAAUCGGUGGGAUGUAUAUAGUGUAAUGUCGCCUUAAUUUUACUCUGGAAAUAAUUUGAUAAAGCAUAAACAAAAGAUCUACUGUACAGUUAAUCUCAAUACCGAUUUCAGUCCAAUCCAAUUUUGUACUCCAAAUUUCUGUCAUGAAAUCUAGAAUUUAUACGUUGUUAUUUAAUUGAGUGAAAAGGCGCGUAACUGCGAAAUCCAAUGUACUUGGAUCGGAAUUGGAAUUGGUUAAAACCAUGCUCAGUAGGAACAAUAGGGUUGUACUUGAACAAACUUAGUUUUUUAUUCCGCAGUGGUAAAGGUCCAUCUGAUGGUAAAUGGUUACCAUAGUCUAUGAACGCCUGAAAUACUAGCGGUGUCACGUGCGCGUUGCCGAACCUUAC